AUGUUCAUGAGAUCGACUACAGGCAACCCAAGUACUAGCUUUUCAACGCAGGCGCAGCAAACUGCGAUGCAGCAACUUGGUUUGUGGGGACCGAUCGGAGGUGUGCGGCCAAGCACCCGGACUGUUCCACGAAGCAGACGCCAGCGCCCGGGCCGUUCGCACUAUCUCAACGAACCUCUCAAUCUAGCAGACAAGAUAUUUCCGGUGACCGCUAUUCAUGUGGCUCAAACGAUUGAUAUUCUUUCGCUUGCAAGUAACUUAUUUACCAACGAAAACACGAGUCCUGCGACGAAGCCGACACUGAAGAAGGAGAUGUUUGGGAAAAAUUCUAUCGUCAUAAGGUUGGCACCAUCGACUGAAGAUCCGGACCGUCCUCGAUUCAUUGCUAUCUUCCGGUUUGGAUCGGUUGUGUUCCUGAAUGUGUCGCCUCGCGAGACGGCGGAGAUCGUGGACGAAAUUAAAGCCAAACAUUGUAAAGGGGCUGUCCUGCAAGGAAUCCCACGCAAGGAACAAUUCGGUGUCCUAGUAGAUCAUAGCUUUGCGAGCCAUGCCGAUGCCAUGUAUGCCAAGUAUGCCAAUUCCGAUAAGAGUACCGAAGACGGCUAUGCCGUGGUGACUGGUGACUAUUGUGUUGUACCAGAAUUGGACAUGAACGGCUUUGCCGUCAUCAGCAAUAUUAUGGCGCAAACAGUGGCUUUGGAUACGUACAACGACUCGGUUGACGAUUUGCUGUCUAACUUUACUUCCGUCAAUUCUAGCGUGACGAAAACCGGACAUCUAACGUCUGCUGACAAGAACUUUUUGUUCAAAACCGUUGCCCAGAAUAAUUCUAUCUUUAUUGAUAUGAUUUCAAAAAUCCGAAUCAAGGAUCGAUCCGACACAGCGUGGAAUUUGACGAAGUAUGAAAAGAUCCAUUAUGGACUUAAGGAUGAGUUCGAAUUGGACGAUCGCUUUGACAUGAUUGAAACCAAACUGGCUUUUAUUCAACAAAACUCCAAGUUCUUUUUGGAAGUUUUGCAACAUCAAAAGACCAACAGUCUCGAGUGGAUCAUCGUCCUACUUAUUACUUUAGAGUGCGGUCUCAUGUGCGUGGAAAUGUCCGGUAUGGGUGAAGUCUUUUUCUCCAGACUUGGGUCCAUGUUUUAG